UUAGAUGAGAAAUAACAACUUUUGAGUAUCAACAACCUUAUGAUAUUCAAAAAAUUCAUCCUAGGAGUUAUUGAAUUUUGCACAUCAUCCUGAAAAUUGGAAAAAUUUAUAUCAACUUUUCAGUCUCACUAGCUACUACACCAACAAAAGAUGUAUCGGAGGUGUUCUUCUUACUUCAACAAUCCAACCUUUGGCAUGAUCUUCAUCCUCGUGGUGGUUUCAACCGAAGUCUUCUCCCCCGUCAUCGCGGGACCGGAAGGCCCUCUACGGUUGGUCAUUUUGCUGUUCCGUCACGGAAGUAGAGCGCCGGCCGUAACUUAUCCCAACGACCCUCAUCAAAACUAUCCCUGGGUUGGAGGCCUCGGAGCAUUACAGCCAGAAGGUAUCCACCAGGGCUAUCAAUUGGGUCAAAAUUUUGCCAAGCGCUACCAAGCCCUGCUGCCACCGGAUGGAUACUAUACAGCUCAGCGCAUCCACGCCGUUAGCAGCAGCGUCGAGAGAAGCGUCAUGACUGCGCAAGCUGUAUUGGCGGGGUUGUUGAAGCCCCAAAAUCUAACUCUGGACAUUCCUUGGCAGCCGGCUUCGAUUCUAACGAUUCCAAUCUAUCAAGAUUCGAUUCUAGUUCAGCAGCAACCAUGCCCUAAGUACAGCCGAGAGUUCAAGCGGUUCUUAGACAAUCCAACACCCGAGUUUCGGCAGACGAUGCUGGAGCUCAAAAGCGAGAUGGAGUACGUAACGAAGCACAGUGGAGCAGCCAUAACGGAACUGUGGCAACUGGCCCAACUUUACGAUGCAUUGCUUAUACAGCGCAGAUUUGGAUUGAAACUUCCAGCCUGGACAAAUAAGUUCCUACCGGAAAGGGCUUUGAGGUGUGUCGGUGUAUUUUUGAGAUCAUUCACCGCUACACCAAUAAUGAAACGAUUACGAGGUGGAGCAACCUUUACGGAAUUCAUCAAAAUUAUGAAGUCCAAACAGGCCAAAACGCUGAGCCCGGAUCGAUCGGUGUUCAUCUAUUCGGGUCACGAUUCCACCCAGGUGAGUUUGCUGGACAGCAUGGGCAUGUUGGACCAAACUACCGAUUUGCCCGAAUACGCUUCAACGGUUGCCUUCGAGCUGCUGGAAAACACAGGACUACCGCGGGAACUGGAAAUUCGCAUGGUUUACUACCGCAACUCGACAGUGGAGAAUCCGGAAAUUUUGACCAUUCCCGGAUGUUCAGCACCGUGUCCCUUAAACCAGUUCGAAAAACUUUUCAAAGGAAUAUCCUUCGAAUAUAUCGAAUGUAGCAGCACAGCUUUAACCAGUUCUUUGCUGAUAAUUUUGUUAUCAUUAGUUUUAACGAUGUGAUUUUGAAAAUAUUUAUUUAUUUAUUAUAUUGCCCUAGAUAUUUAAAAAUCAAUUUUAAAUUAUUUUAGAUUAAAGCGUUAUUUAUUU